AAAGACACAAACUUUGACAACUGUGGUUGGUUUCUCACUCAUAAACUCAACUUAGUCAGGUGUUUACUGUAUAGUUUAGUCUGAGACUAGAGUGAGUGAAGCUGCCAUUGGAAUUGGAAGGAGCCCGUCUUAAACGCUCUUCUGGAUUCCAACAUUGAAAGAAGUUGCCUUUUUUACAACUUUGUGAAGCUUUGAGUAUCUUUUCGAGAGCUUCAAGGAGGAGUUGGAUUUCACUGCCGAGACUUUGGAUCAGACUCUCUCACUGCCUCCUCACUCGCGGUGGCUGCUGGAAUCCGUCUCUGCUUUUCCGUCUCUACUACAGGCGACAGGACAUCAGGACCAUCACUGCACACGGCCGAAGAGGCCACAGACGUCGGGACCAUCUCUACUCUGCUCACGGUGGUGGACUGGCUGUGGUUGACCAUCUCUUCUCUCGGCCAGGUUGAAAUUGUCAGCGGAGAACUUCAGAGUUAAAGAGACAGGAGUUAAGGUGCUUGGCAAAUUUUAUUUUACCAGGUCGAAUGAUGCUUGGAAGAUGGCUUCUCGGCCUGUUUCUCCUCUUAGUUGGCAUCGCCAAUGUACUAGGUGCAUUUGUGGGGGUAAACAUUGGCACCGAUGUUUCUAGUCUUCCAUCAGAUACAGAUAUUGUUGCAAUUCUAAAAGCACAUCAGUUUACACAUGUAAGGCUUUACAAUGCCGAUGCUCAACUGCUGAAAGCUCUCGCAGGCAGUGGAAUAGAAGUGAUGGUAGGUGUCACGAACGAGGAAGUUCUUGGGAUCGGAGAGUCAGCAUCUACAGCCGCAGCAUGGGUUAAUAAAAAUGUUGCAGCUUACAUGCCUUCAACUAAUAUAACUGCCAUUGGCGUUGGCAGCGAAGUUCUUACUGUGAUUCCUAAUGUUGCUCCAGUUUUGGUUUCUGCUUUGAAUUACCUUCACAAAGCUCUAGUUGCUUCUAACCUAAAUUUUCAGGUCAAAGUCUCAACUCCACAUUCCAUGGACAUCAUUCCUAAGGCUUUUCCUCCCUCCACUGCCACCUUUGACCCUACAUGGAACUCUACUCUUUACCAAAUCCUUCAGUUUUUGAAAAACACAAAUUCCUAUUACAUGUUAAACGCGUAUCCUUAUUAUGGAUACACGAAAGGGGAUGGCAUUUUCCCAAUUGAUUAUGCUAUUUUUCGGUCACUUCCCUCGGUCAAGCAGAUUGUUGAUCCAAACACUCUUUUUCACUAUAAUAGCAUGUUUGAUGCAAUGGUGGAUGCUACCUAUUACGCCAUGGAGGCUGCCAAUUUUUCUGGGAUCCCUGUUGUUGUCACCGAAGCUGGCUGGCCAUGGCUCGGUGGAGCCAAGGAACCUGAUGCUAAUAUAGAUAAUGCUGAGACCUUCAAUAACAACUUGAUCCGACGUGUUCUUAAUAAUUCAGGUCCUCCGAGCCACCCAACGUUGCCCAUAAAUACAUACAUUUAUGAACUGUUUAAUGAGGACAAGAGACCUGGACCUAUUUCUGAAAAAAAUUGGGGUGUGCUUUUUACAAAUGGGACUUCUGUUUAUCCUUUGACUUUGGGUGCUUCUGGUCAAGUUACUGGAAACAGUUCUGCUGUUUUCUGUGUGGCGAAAUCUGAUGCAGAUUCUGAUAAGUUGCAAGACGGUUUAAACUGGGCGUGCGGACAAGGCCGAGCUAACUGCAGCGCCAUACAAUCUGGUCGGCCGUGUUAUUUCCCUAACACUCUUGAAAAUCAUGCUUCGUAUGCAUAUAACGAUUACUAUCAAAGAAUGCAGAGUGCUGGCGGAACAUGCGACUUUGAUGGCACAGCCGCAACAAGUAGUGUUGAUCCAAGUUAUGGAAAUUGUAUAUUUUCAGGAAGUUCUAAUUCAAGUAUCCAUGGCGGAUUCAUAACUCCCUCGGCUUUUUCGCCUGAGGUUGCACCAGGAUCGUGGAGCUCAUACCUUCAAAUAUCCAGCUUUCAGAUUCUAAUGCCGGCAGCAUUGCUCGCUUUGGUUUUUCUUUGACUCGAGAGACGCUACAGCCGCUCGAAUGCUAUCUAUUGUGCAGCUGAAUCAUCAGAUUUUGAGGUUGUAAAAGCAAUGGAAGUAAUAGGAAAUGCAUUAUUAGCAAGACUUAAUUCUUUUUUGUCAAUGUUGUUUGUAUUCUUAGUUCUAGUGUAGUCAUUUUCUUGAAGUAGAAAUUAGACCAUUUUUUCUUUUCUUUUGGUAAACAGAUUUGAAAAAACUCGGUUUUUUUUUUUGUACCUUUGUUAAUGAUAUACAGCAAUUGAGAUUAUAUAUGUGCCUAUUUUUUU